UUCAGACCGACCGCCACCGAGGCCAGAUUGCAAUUGCAUGUUGCGAGCUCCUACAAUGAAUCAAUAAUAAGACAAUAACUGCAAAAGAGUCAGCAACCGCAUCGCAUGUUGUUUCUUUGUUUUUGACAUACUAGAAUGGCAGUUCUUGUUUGAUAUUUGUACGCCUCUAGAUCGAGCGAUCAUUUCUUUUAAAACGUUAUCCCGUUAUCCGCACCGGCGCGAUCUCGCCAUCGUGACCUCAAAUUGAUAAAAGUGCUGACUUUUGCAACCAAUAUGCCGUCUGCCGCGAGGACUUUCUAUCUCGCCAUUUUCGCACUGUUUAUCCCAGCCCAUGCUACCCUGGACAGUGCAAAGACAAGCUCGCCGUACUCUUCCGAUACCUGCGCUAUUGAGCCUCACGCUACCGUUUCCGAUACUUGUGCCUCGUAUGCUACGCUUGAUGCGCUGAAUGACGAGGUUCGUCCGAUCCUCACCUCUAUCACCCAAGACACCGACUUCUUCUCAUACUACCGUCUCAACCUCUUCAACAAGAUAUGUCCGUUUUGGCAAGACGAGACCAGCCUGUGUGGGAACAUCGCCUGUGCGGUGAAUACAAUCGAUUCUCAAGAAGACUUACCACCAAUCUGGCGUAUCGAAGAGCUCGGUAAACUGGAAGGGCCGCACGCAGGACAUCCUGGUAGACGGCAGCAGCAGGAGCGUCCUAAGCAGAAACCGUUACAAGGAGGACUGGGAGAAGAUGUCGGGGAAAGCUGUGUCGUCGAGUAUGACGAUGAAUGCGACGAACGAGAUUACUGUGUUCCUGAAGACGAGGGGGCUGCCGCCAAGGGGGAUUAUGUGAGCUUAGUGGACAACCCAGAGCGAUUCACCGGGUACGCCGGCUUGGGUGCGCAUCAGGUGUGGGAUGCUAUAUACCGCGAGAAUUGCUUUGUCAAGCCGUCGUCUUCUCCUUCCUCUCAACUCGCCCCCCUGCAAGGUCUGCAGGUACAAGCCGCAAACAAUUUCCGUAGUGUGUUGCACAAGGAGCUGCCGCAGCUAGAUGAUGAAUGUCUAGAGAAGCGAGUCUUUCACCGGAUUAUUAGCGGCAUGCAUGCGUCCAUAUCUACACAUCUGUGCUGGGAAUAUCUGAACCAGACUACUGACGAAUGGGGCCCGAAUGUGCAGUGCUACAAGGACAGACUUCACAAACACCCAGAGCGGAUUUCCAACCUCUAUUUCAACUAUGCGCUAGUGGCACGCGCUGUUGCCAAAUUACAGAAGCAUCUACAACAUUACAAUUUCUGUUCUUUCGACCCGGAUCAGGAUUUGGAAACCAAGAAUAAGGUUCUCGCGCUGACGGAGCAAUUACACAAUCGUCCACAAAUCUUCGACGAAGCAGUCAUGUUCCAAGAUGAGCAUUCGAUCGAACUGAAAGAAGACUUUCGCAACCGGUUCCGUAACGUAAGCCGUCUGAUGGACUGUGUUGGGUGCGACAAGUGCCGUUUAUGGGGCAAGCUUCAAGUGAACGGCUAUGGGACAGCGUUGAAGGUAUUGUUCGAAUACGACGAGACGAAGAACGGCGAAAACCCUCUUCUACGCCGGACCGAGCUGGUCGCGUUGGUCAACACUCUUGCGCGUAUCUCAAAGAGUAUUGCUGCAGUUCGCAGGUUCCGCGAGGCGGUGCAAGCAGGAAAUGACCAAAUUUUGGUUUCAGACUCGAAGUCGGAGGCGGUGGUCGAGGACGAAGGGGUUCGAUACUACAGACACUCGGAUUCGAAUUUAUACCCAGACAACUACGAGCCCGAAUACGAAUAUCCAGACAACGGUCGACCGUGGGAACAACGCGAGAAGACCGAGACGCUAGCCGAGGAGUUUUGGCAGGAGUGGCGCAUUUUCUGGAACACGCUUGCUUGGGUUUUGAAGAGCUGGAUGGCAGUUCCCGGAACCGUCUGGGAUAUUCUUGUCCUGGAAUUCAACCGACUGUGGCAUUUCUGGCUCGGACUGCCGGUACCGCUGCGGACGUGGAAGAUCCAGUUUCCAGAGCCGCGUGAGGAGCUGUGAUUGUUAUAUCACUGUAGCAUAGAUUAGAGGCGUUUGGUUUGUUGUUAUCCAUUGCAUAGCGCUGUCUUUAUAAUAUGUAUUAUAGUAUCGACGACUCGACUCAGUAUACAGCUCGAUCAUAGAUUUCCAUUUACCUUCAACAGCAUAUACUUUUUCUUUAA